UCUGUAGGCACAUUGAACCUUGCAGUCAAAAUUCAGGGUUAUUGAGAAUCCCGCUAAUUCCUGAUUACGUCACCAAACACGGAAGUGAGUCGUGUACGUGUAUGUGAUGUGAACAAAACUGGAACAAAAUGAUCGGAGAUCUGUUAAUAUUCGGGACUUUACUGGUGAAUGCGGGGGCCGUGCUGAAUUUUAAGCUAAAGAGGAAAGAGUCCCAGGGGUUUGGAGAUGAAUCCAGGGAGCCAACUACAGGUGACAACAUCAGAGAGUUCCUGCUCAGCCUGCGAUACUUCCGGAUUUUCAUCGCUCUGUGGAACAUUUUCAUCAUGUUCUGCAUGUUCCUGCUCUUUGGGUCAUGAUCAACGUGUGCACUCUGUGAACAUUCAACAAGAGGCUGAAUUAACUUUUCGAGAUGGAUGCUACAAAUUUCUCUUGGACUCUUCUGCUGCUUUGGCUGUGUUAAUUGCAGUUGUGCCCCAUUUUGUUUAUAGCUCAGAAAUGUAAAUUAAAGUGUUUUUUUUUUUUUUUUUACACUUUUGUUUCAGUUGUGACUGUCCCAUCAUAUUUAAUAUCCAUGACUGGUUAUGAAAAUAACACCCAGAAACCCACUUUUCUUUCCUCCAGCUGCACAUCUGCUGCAGCUGCAUUUAACAGAUAUCUGACAUUGAUGUUUUAUUUGUCGGCCGACGUAAGUCUUGUUCCUGCAUCUUUGAUUAAAACUUCUUCCUUUAGUGUGAGCUACAUGUGCUGUAAGUAGACAUAAAUGCUCUAUAUUGUAAAUGUGUCCACAUUCUUAAUAAACACUGUUUUCUAAAGAAA